GCCGGCGCGUUCGGUCUUCUCUCACCCCCACCGAACUCGACACCCGGUUUUGUUUGCGGAGGAGGAGAGGCGAAGCGAACGGCGACGCUGAGCCAACUCGAUCGCUCAAAUCUCUCCUCUCCCAACCGACCCCUUCUUUCCAUUUCCCUGUCAUUUAUACUCGAUCGCUUCGCUCCGAAUCAAAGAAUCAAAGAACUCUUAUUGUAUCCGAUGGUGACUGGAAUUAGGAAGGGGAGGAAUUCCUGAUCGCUCCUCAGGUUUGCUUGCCGUCUUCGUUUCAGGUACUAAGUAUGUUACUUUUCUCUGAAGUGCAUCAGAUUGCCGUGCACUGCUUUGAUAUAAUGCUGAUACAGAACAUUUUCUUUAAGUUUGGGCGCUGGACUAGUUUCUUCUCAUUGACAUUUGCUCCCAUUGCCAGUUUUCCAUCCACUUCAAAAAUGUCAAGCAUAGAACAGUGAUGGGUUUUGACAACAUACCAAAAUUGAAUGUUAUGGGUAGGAUUCAACAUUGCAGUUCCAGUGCUUGCAGGCACAGGGUUGAUGAAAUGGAGACGAGCAAUUGCUUAACCAAAGGAAGAAUGUGCAGUUCAUUGAACAGCUGCACGUAUGUGUUACUCGAGCCAAAUGAAGAAUAUGAUUGGAGAAGACAGCCAAGGGAUAUAUUUUCCAGAGAUCUGUUAAUCUGGAAUACGCUACACACUGAUAAGAGCCAGUUUAUAUUCACCAGUGUUUGUGAUUCACAGCAUCUACAUGAUCCUCAAUAUAAGUCCUCUUGCAAUGACAUGGAAAUAGGAGGUGUUGCGAGCAAGUUCUUUGGAUUUAUGCCAAAAUUUGUGAAGAUAGUAGAAGUUGGACCUAGAGAUGGUUUACAAAAUGAAAAGCUCACUAUACCUGCAGCUAUAAAGGUUCAAUUGAUACAGAAGUUGGUUUCCUCUGGAUUAUCUGUUAUCGAGGCCACAAGUUUUGUCUCUCCAAAAUGGGUACCACAGCUAGCAGAUGCAAAGGAUGUCAUGCAAGCCAUUCAUGUUGUGCAUGGUGUCAAGUUUCCUGUCUUAACUCCAAAUCUCAAAGGUUUUGAAGCAGCUAUUGCCUCUGGCGCCAAGGAAGUUGUCAUAUUUGCAUCAGCUUCUGAGUCCUUUUCUAAGUCGAACAUCAAUUGCACCAUUGAAGAGAGCCUUAUUCGUUAUCAUGAAGUUGUUGUUGCUGCAAAAGGACUCGCAAUACCUGUUCGUGGGUAUGUGUCUUGUGCCAUGGGGUGUCCUGUAGAAGGAACAGUGCCUCCAGAAAAGGUGGCAUAUGUGGCUAAAAAGCUUUAUGACAUGGGUUGUUCUGAAAUCUCACUUGGUGAUACCAUCGGAGUCGGUACUCCAGGGACUGUGAUUCCGAUGCUCAAAGCUGUAAUGUCUCUCAUUCCAGUAGACAAGCUUGCAGUCCAUUUUCAUGAUACUUACGGCCAAGCGCUCUCAAACAUUUUGGUCGCUCUACAAAUGGGGAUCAGUGUAGUCGAUUCAUCUGUGGCUGGCCUGGGUGGAUGCCCCUACGCCAAGGGAGCUUCAGGGAACGUGGCUACCGAAGACGUAGUAUACAUGCUUAAUGGCCUCGGCAUCAAAACCAAUGUGGAUUUGGGCAAGCUCAUGGCUGCUGGGGACUUCAUCUGCAAGCAUUUGGGACGUCGGUCCGGAUCAAAAUUUGCCACUGCAUUGAGCAGAGUCACUGCAGAUGCCUCCAAGAUCUAAUGUAAGAUGGCAGUAAGAGCACCCAUUUGCUAUGUUAUGUUAUCAACCAUUGG